AUGCGAGUAGGACUAAUUGUGCUCAUCAUUGGGUUUUUGUGGUGGACGCCCUCGUGGCUGACUAAGCGACUCAACAAGAACCACGCUGAGCCCACCAUCAUCGACAAUCAUAUCACUCUUCUCAUUGCGCAUCCCGACGACGAGGCCAUGUUUUUCGGCCCUACCCUCGACCUUCUGACGCGCAAAGAACACAAAAACAAAGUGUCUAUUCUGUGUCUUUCUACUGGAAACGACGAGGGACUGGGCGAAAUUCGAAAAUCAGAACUUGUUGAGUCAGCGGCCAUCUUCGGGGUGUCGGCUGAAAAAGUUCACGUCCUGGACCGCCCAGAGCUGCAGGAUGGUAUGGAAAACGAAUGGGAUAGAACCAUGGUUGCCGGAGUGAUUGAGGAAGUUGUACCCACCACUCAGACUAUUGUCACGUUCGACGCCGAGGGUGUUUCGGGCCAUAUCAACCAUAGAUCAGUCUACUAUGGAGCACUUUACUACGCCAAAGAAAACCCUGGAGUCACUGUGUGGACUCUGGAGUCUGUGCCCGUGUACCGCAAAUACACUGCAGUCAUUGACGGAUUUGUCACCACUUUGUUGCGGUCUAUACUUCCCUCAAACUCUCGAGUUUCCACCGCCGCAGAUUACAAGGCGUACCAGGAUGCUCGAAAGGCCAUGGUAAAGGCUCAUGUGAGUCAGAUGAAGUGGUUCCGAUACGGAUGGAUUACUUUGUCCAGAUACAUGUGGUUUAAUGAGCUGGUGAGAGCCUAG